GUAUUUCAAACAGUCGACCGCCGGCAGCCGACCAGAGUGGACGGAUUCAAUCAAAACGUAUAGCGAAUAUCCAUCUGAGUACGCGAGUGAUUGCGCGCGUGUCUUUAAUUUGAUUUUUGUUUUAUUUAAAUAUUAUUUUGGAUUAUCUUCAAUCGAGGACCGAGUUAUUGACUAAAUAUCUCGACCGGCCAUAUGUCGUGAAAACUGACGAAGGGUUACAAUUAUUAUUAUUGUGGUAGUUUAUUUAUUUUUAUAAAUUCUUUCAAAAAUAAAAGAUGUCGUCGAAAGCUAUCUACGAGGCAACGGGAAAGGAUCUGAUCAACAGACACAUAGCCUCCGGUACGGCUCUGGUACCAUGCAGGUUCGCCACAUUCGAACAGAGUACAGUGUGGGAGGAUGAGCUGGGGAAAAACCCAUGGCUCUCGAAGGAGCAAUUGGUCGUAAAGCCGGACCAGCUGAUCAAACGUCGCGGCAAACUGGGUCUGGUCGGCGUGAACAAGACUGCGGCGGAGGUCCGGCGUUGGCUCGGCGAGCACAUGGCCAAGGAGCAGACGAUAGGGGCCUGCGUCGGGCGGCUGAGGCACUUUAUAGUCGAGCCCUUCGUCAAACACGAACCGAGCGACGAGAUGUACCUGUGCAUACAGUCGGGCCGGCGCUCCGACACCAUCCUGUUCCACCACCAGGGAGGGGUCGACGUCGGAGACGUGGACGCUCUGGCCAUUCGACUAGAGGUGCCCGUGGACACCUUCCCGACGGGAGAAGAAGUCGAGAGGGUUUUGUUGAAGAACGUCAAAUCUCCAUCUACUAAAAGGACCCUGACGACGUUCAUAGUGUCCCUAUACCGGGUCUACAUCGACUUGUACUUCACGUACAUGGAGAUCAAUCCGCUGGUGGUCACCAACGAGAGGAUAUACCUGCUGGACCUGGCCGCGAAACUGGACCAGACCGCGGACUUCAUCUGCGCGAAGAACUGGGGCGAGGUCACGUUCCCUCCGCCCUUCGGGAGGGACGCCUACCCUGAAGAGGCGCACAUCGCCGACCUGGACGCCAAGAGCGGGGCCAGUCUGAAGUUGACGGUGUUGAACAAGUCUGGUCGCGUGUGGACGAUGGUGGCGGGCGGCGGCGCCAGCGUGGUGUACACGGACACGGUGUGCGCGCUGGGCGGCGCCCACGACCUGGCCAACUACGGGGAGUACUCCGGCGCGCCCACGGAGACGCAGACCGCGGACUACGCGAAGACCAUCUUCAGCCUCAUGUGCCGCGAGAAGCAUCCCGACGGGAAGGUACUGAUCGUGGGCGGCGGUAUCGCCAACUUCACCAACGUGGCGGACACCUUCCGCGGGAUCAUCACCGCCAUAGAGACGUACAAGGACGCCCUAAAGCAGUACAACGUCACCAUCUUCGUGAGGAGAGGGGGACCGAACUACCAGGAGGGACUCAGACAAAUGCGCGAAGUGGGCCAACGCCUCCGCAUCCCGCUGUACGUGUUCGGUCCGGAGACGAACAUGACGUCCAUAGUGGGCCUGGCGCUGGGACACUCGCCCAUACCCAAGGAGCACCAGCUCGACUACGCGCCCAAGCAGCUGCCCAGGCCGCAGCCCGCGCCGGCUCCGAAACUGGACCUGCCUGACGUGACCCACAGCCUGCUCGACCUGAUCUGCUCCCAGGCCCCGACCAAACUGGACCUAGGGCAGGGUGUCUCCACCUCAAUGCCCCUCUUCAGCGACAGAACGAAGGCCAUCAUAUGGGGCAUGCAGAAUAGGGCCAUACAGGGCAUGUUGGACUUCGACUACAUCUGCCGGCGCUCGGAGCCCUCGGUCGUCGCCAUCGUGUACCCGUUCACGGCGGACCACAAGCAGAAGUACUACUUCGGGAACAAGGAAGUCUUCAUACCGGUGUUCUCGGACAUGGACGUGGCGAUGCGCAAGCACCAGGAGGCGACGGUACUCGUCAACUUCGCUUCGCUUCGCUCGGCCUACGACAGCACCAUGCAGGCCAUGCAGCACCCUCAGAUCAACACCGUGGUCAUCAUCGCGGAGGGCAUCCCCGAGAACAUGACGCGGAAGAUCAUCAAGCUCGCUGACGUCAGAGGGGUGAACAUAAUCGGGCCUGCCACUGUGGGAGGCAUUAAACCCGGCUGCUUCAAGAUCGGCAACACGGCUGGCAUGAUUGACAAUAUCAUUGACAGCAAACUGUACCGGCCUGGGAGCGUGGCGUACGUGUCCCGCUCGGGAGGCAUGAGCAACGAGCUGAACAACAUCCUGUCGAAGGACGCGGACGGCGUGUGCGAGGGGGUCGCCAUCGGGGGCGACCGCUACCCCGGGACCACCUUCAUCGACCACUUGCUCAGGUUCGAAGCGGACCCGCAAGUGAAGAUGCUGGUGCUGCUUGGAGAAGUGGGGGGAGUCGAGGAGUACCACGUCUGCAAGGCCAUCAGGGACGGAAUCAUCAAGAAGCCCCUCGUGGCCUGGUGCAUAGGAACUUGCUCCGACAUGUUCACGUCUGAGGUCCAGUUCGGACACGCGGGCUCGCUGGCCGGCUCCGCCGUUGAGAAGGCUGCGGUCAAGAAUGAGGCUCUGAAGGUCUACGGAGCCACCGUCCCAGACUCCUUCGACGGCCUAGGGGCUGCCGUGGGCGAGGUCUACCGCAGGCUGGUCGACGAGGGCAAGAUCAUCGUCAAGGAGGAGGUGGAACCGCCCAAGGUCCCCAUGGACUACGAUUGGGCUCGGAAGUUGGGUAUAAUCCGGAAGCCGGCCGCCUUCAUCAGCACGAUAUGCGACGAGCGAGGCCAGGAGCUGAGCUACUGCGGGGUGCCCAUCUCCCAGGUGCUGGAGAGGCAGCUCGGGGUCGGCGGCACCAUCAGCCUGCUGUGGUUCCAGCGCGAGCUGCCGGAGUGGGCGAGCCGGUUCUUCGAGCUGGUGCUGAUAGUGACCGCGGACCACGGGCCCGCAGUGUCCGGCGCGCACAACACCAUGGUCACGGCGCGCGCCGGCAAGGACCUCAUCUCCUCCGUCGUCAGCGGCCUGCUCACCAUCGGCGACCGGUUCGGUGGGGCCUUGGACCGCGCCGCGGCCGACUUCUGCGCCGCCUACGACAAGGGACAGCACCCCCAGGAGUUCGUCAACGAGAAGAGGGCUAAGGGAGAGCUGAUCAUGGGCAUUGGACACAGGGUAAAGUCGAUAAACAACCCGGACUCCCGCGUGCGCGAGCUGAAGGCGUACGUGACGGCGCGCUGGCCCGCGUGGCCGGUCACCCGGUACGCGCUCGACGUGGAGGCCAUCACCACCAGGAAGAAGCCGAACCUCAUCUUGAACGUGGACGGCAUCGUGGCCGCUGCCAUGGUCGACCUGUUCCGGCACUGCCAGCUCUUCACGCAAGAUGAAGGCAAUAAUUAUAUUCAGAUGGGCUCAAUCAACGCUCUGUUCGUCCUGGGUCGCACGAUAGGUCUGGUCGGACAUUACUUGGACCAGAAGAGGAUGAAGCAGCCUCUGUACCGUCAUCCGUGGGACGACAUCACCUACAUGUCGCCUCUGAACUAAACGAGCCGGUUGUAUUUUGUGUUUCAAACGUAGAAGUAAUGUUGAAUGAUUUGCACGAGAACAUCGACCUAUAAGUACAACUGUGACGUCACAGCGUCAGACUUCGAGCCCGCAAUGGAAUGUAAAUUUUUGUUUAUGUGUUGUAAUACUAGUUUAUUCUUUCGGCCUCGGUCGAGACCGCGUUGUAUGUGCGCGUAAUGAAUGACAACAGCAGAAUCGUUGUAGCACCAUGAUUUGAAUCAAUUUUGAUAUGAUUUUUUUUUUUAUUAUAUUAUGUCUAAGAAUAAUAGUCUAAAUUCCAUGGAAAAUACAAGAAUAUUGAAAUAAAUUUGCGUAGGAAGCGAUAUUUGCUCAAAGCGGUUCGGACCAGGCCUCUAGUGUCGAAAAAAUCUCUUGGUUGUGUUCAGAAUAAUGUCUGGUAAAUACAUCAUGUUGUUCCCUAAUAUGUCACAGAUACUUAACUGUAGUAGUGCCUAGUAUAUCACCGAUACGCAACUGUGAUUUAUCCUAAUAUUUCACAGGUACGUAACUGUGAUUUACCCUAAUAUGUCACAGAUACUUAACUCUGAUAUAAAUCAGUAUAAACUGGUAUAUCACUGAUAAGUAACUGUGAUUUACUCUAAUAUUUCACAGGUACGUAACUGUGAUUUGUCCUAAUAUAUCACAGAUACUUUGAUUUAUACUAGUACAUCACAGGUACGUGACUGUGACUCGCACUAAUAUUUAACUACAACGCACACUAAUAUUCCAUAGAUAUUUAACAAUACCUUACCUAGUAUUUCACAGUUACUGAUUAAUAUCUUCACGAUAUCCACUAAUCUGUACUCUGAUACAAUUUCCCUCGCGGAAUCCUCGUCGUUCAGUUUGAGUGUGAGGUUGCCGCUGUCGAUCCCAGGGUGUGAACAGAGAUGAGUAGUGUCAAUAGGAAAUCAAUUUGUUCAACGUUAUUUCUAUGAAUUUCGAAGUGACGCGCGCGAUCAGAGCGAAUGUAAUACCAUUGUAGUACAGGGGUACAGGGGGGAACACUUUUUAUUCCAGUGGGCUUAGUGCGAGCUUUUUAACGUUCUCGCUAGCGUUAAAGUUAACUCAAUUUUGUAUAGAGUUGGAACAGCGCCCCUAGCGGCAUACGUAGGCAAACGAUCCAACUCCAUACAAAUACGGGGCUAACUUUUACGCCAUCGAGAACGUUAAAAAAACUCGCACUAAGCUUACAGAGCUGGUAUGGUGUGGCUAGUUUUUUUUUUUUUUUUUUCGUAACCACAGUUUUGAUAUCCGUUUGCUUAAACGGUGACCCGAUAUCGAAGCGAGAUUAUCCGCCGUAUUUCUCCGAGCAGGUACCACCGUCAGAGAGAAACGUAAUAUUUAUGCAUAAUAUUCAAGGAAAAUAAUUUUUCAUUUCUCAAUCUCGGACUAGACUAAAAUUUUAAUGAAUUAUCUAAAAUACUUCUAGAUUAAAGAUUAUAGAAUAUAUUAUAAAAUUUUCUCAAAAUUUAUAAUAUAUUCUAUAAUAAUUAUUAUAUCAUAUUAGUAUUAUUGUAUCAUAUUAGUACAUUUGUAUAUUAUUGAACAUAAUACGUAGGUAUCUCGCGCCCGGUCAAUUCGUGUAUGUACAGGGUACUCUAAAAUCCCGUCCGAAAUUAAACUUUAGCCGGGACUUCCCCGGUAAUUGACCGCAGCGUCAGCUGUUUUUAAUGCUUGAGCAAAAUUCGAAAUAUCUGAUCUUCGAUUUUGAAAACGUCUCAUUACGCCUUAUGUACAGACAUCCUUGCCCACGCCUCGCCUCGCUCUGGUCGCGCUAGUUUGACAGUCACAAACUUCACGCGUCAUUUUGACAGCCGCGGUUGUCAAAUCGAAAAGAAUCUGUCAUUCCAUGUUUUUUUUUUAUUCAAUUUGUUUUUGUAUCUUCGUGUUGCUUCAUCGUACAAAUGUUUUUUUUUUUAAUAUUUUUUUAGAAGGGACAUUGUUGUUUGUGCUUUGUGAGCUAUCGGAUCGCGCGUUUGAUUCUCUGUGUCUAUGAAUAAGUACGCUUCGUGUGUUGUUAGACAAAAUUUACUCUAAAUCUCUAAAUUAUUUAUAGAAAAUUGUAACGUAAUUUUUAUUUCUGUACUAGGGUAUAAAGAGAUCAUAGUAAUAAUGACCUUGAGACGUGAGGUCGAUUUGUAUUGGGACGCUUUUCAGCAGACACAGGCACUUGCGCCUUUAUGUAAUAGUAACUUUCUUCAACACUUUGAUUGCGGUGUAGGUCACCGGUGUCCUACGCGGCGCAGUGAAGUAAUUAUGUCGGUUUCUGUUACUAAGGGACCUGGGUUUGCUAUUGUAUCGGUCAUGAGUUCGUGACGCGUGUGCUAAUUGUCAAGACAUUCAUAGAUUCCAUCACUUAGAGAUAUAUAGUAACCCCCCCUAUAACGCGGUAUAUUGGUUCCGUGUUAUAUGGGUAUUACCGUACAACGCGGUUUUACUACCUCGUAUAACGCGUUACGUGUAAAGGAUUGAUCGCGUUAAACUUUUAAUCGUUUUUUUUUUAAUACACAAAUUUAAUAAAAUAAUUUAUUUUUGUAAUAACACAAUUGAGACAUGUGCAAAGGUACGCGAAGUAAUAAUAUAAACUGUACAAAUGAUUAUUAAUUUCACAGUACAGAAAUAUGAAUGUCGGAAAUCCCCGCGUUAUAUAGGGUAAUGCUCGUGUUAUACGGGGGACUUAAUUCGCGUAAUAUGAAAACGCGUUAUAAAAGUACCGCGUUAUAGAAAGGAUUGCAGUAUAUAAAAAUAGAUACAUCGCACCUUUAGAAUUGGCUCAAUUGUGUGGCUUAUUGUGGCUUAAUCCAAAAUUCUUGUUUUCUGAUACAAGCCAAAAAGGUAAUUGAGGAAUUUUAAUUUAUCAAUUUGAUUUUAUGACUAAACUUUAAGGUAUGCGUUUGAUUUUAAAGAGACGGAAAGUGUACUUUGUCCUUUUGCUAACUAAAAUUUAAAUUUCACAUUUUUUAAUUAUGUAAAAAAAAAAAAAAAAAAACUGACCGAGCACACGUUUAUAAGUUUUUCAAAGCAUAAAACUGAUGUCACUUUGAUUCUAAAGGUGCGAUAUAUCAAGCUAACAAAAUUCACUCUUUUUUUUUUCAUUCACCCUACCACCCUAACCGCUAACAACAAAUAUAUUAUGUCUAAGACGUCUUGUUACGGUGUAAUAAUAUGAAAGAGAAUUUGUUUAAUUUCAAUAUUGGAGGGAAUUCACAAAUACAUUAAUACAAUACAAUAUUAUAUAUCGAGGGGCUAUUUAUUUUAAGCGACAUUUCGCUUAUUGUGCGCGCGGAACUAGUUGGCCACGCCUUAGGUAUGUGAGGGGUAGGACGGAGGGCGGGGGCGCUUGCUGUCAUUACUGAUGAGAGAUUUGAUAUUGUGAUGGACGAAAUCAUUAUAAUCUUACAAGAUGAUUCUGAAUCAAGUGAUUCAGAAGAUAUGUCAGAGUAAUUAUAUAUACUUAAUUUGUUUUUGGUUUAUUUUACUAUUAAUUACAAUAUAAUUAGGUACACUAUAAAGGUUAAGGUACACUAUAAAGUUCUAAAAGUUCGAUUGUUUUUUAUUUAUUAUAGCUGACCCGGCAGACUUUGUAGUGCCUCAAUCGAUAAAUAAAAGAAAUAAACUUUUGUAUAAAAUAAACAAAAGGAAUCCGUCCGACGGGGGACAUAUCAAACGGAAAACAAAAUUGUUAUUUUUAUUAAAUUCCGAGCAUUUUCGUAUUUAACUACCUUUUAAACCUUCUCUGGACUUCCACAAAUAAUUCAAGACCAAAAUUAGCCAAAUCGGUCCAGCCGUUCUCGACUUUUAGCGAGACUAACGAACAGCAAUUCAUUUUUAUGUUAAUAGAUUUCAUUUAUUUAUUUAUUUAUUUAUUUAUUUAUUUUAUUUAGUCAUCACUGUCUAAUCUCAUAUGCGUUACGAGUAGUAGGUAACCCGCCCCCUCACCCCUAAGGCGUGGCCAACUAGUUCCGCGCGCACUAUAUAUAAUACGCGACAUUUAUCUUUGUAAUUAAAGGUCCGUUUUAUUUGGUAUCAGCAUCAACAGUUCGAUGUUUUUAAUUGGACUUCAAUUAAGUUUACUCCAUUCAAAAAAAUAGCUGAAGAAGUUUUCUUGUUAUGCAUGAUAUUUUUUCCAAAUUUUAAACUUUAAAUUGGCUCUCUCCUGUAAAGUUGCAAAUAUAUCUCUUAAACCAAAUAGAUUUACACCCCUCGAUAUAAUAAGUAAUUAUUGGAGACAAAAUUUUGACGGUAAAAAUGUUUUUUGUUUGUUUGUUUGUAUAUGAUUUUAUAAAAUAUAUAUUAUUUAAGUUAAGUUUUAUUUUAUUCUUAAGCGUUCGGGACUCGGUGUCACAGAUUAUAAUUAUAAGUGCUAAUGACAAAAUAAAAUGUUAUAAUGCGAAAUAAAUAAAUAAAUAAUUUAUGUUUUUU